AUGAGACCAAGAACAACAGCAUCAGCCAACUCUAAAGCCAUAGCCAGAUCAAGAGCAUGGCAAAUCUCACUCCGUAGCAUUUCAGAAGCUGGCAGUGGCAGCUAUCAUGAUCCAAUUACAUCCACUUCAAAAAACACUCAGCAGCCCAAAAGUAUUAAACCAAGGAAAACUCAUCCAAGGGAAGCCUCUAAAGCAGCUACUAACUAG